AUGGACCCCGUGAGCCUUACUGCCACCGUUGCCGGAUUGAUUCUCUUCGUCAAGGAUGUGAAGCAGCUUUCCGAGAAGAUUUACAGCACCGUCAAAUCGAAGCCGCACCUUGUGAGGAAGAUUGCCGACGACUUGGCUGCCCUGGAAAUCGUUCUGGAACGUUUAGGACAACAUAGCAACGACGACGGGAAGGAUGGAGAGCAGGAGGCAUUGUCGAAAAUCAUAUCUGCUUGCCAAAAGGCCGUUUCCGAGAUUUUCACCGAACUGUCGGUGCUGCAUGAUGGAUUCUCCAAAGGUGUACUGCGGCGAGUGUUCUCAUACUCGAAGUUCAAGGCGCAAAUGGAGACACUCUCGGAGUUGCGCACGGAGCUCGCUGCCUUCAAGUUGACCCUGGGUCUUGCUCUACAAGUGAGAACCAUGGACCGGAUUCCCGAGUCUGCCACCGUGAUUCUCGAGGAAAUUCGACUACAGCUGAAGAAAGCUCGUCCCGUCUCACUCUGGACACAUCCAAUUCAGCAGUACGUCGAAGCCAGCUCCAGCUUCAUAACGCCGCAAACCCAAGACAACGCCAAUUUUGAUGACCUGGACUCCGAUGCCAGUUCGACAGAAGGCAGCUGUGGGAUGAACAAUUCGGAGCAAGGAUCGGAAGACUAUGACAUGGCAAACGUCACGUCAUUUGAAUCUUUCGACUCGUGGUUGGCGUCAUUCGGUGUGCCAGCAAAUACCUUGAGCCCCUAUCUGCCAUCCACAGACCAAGUGAAUAAAGACGGAUGGACACGGCCUGCAAGCUCUCUCCUUGAUACGUUCAUCCUGAGUACCGUCGAACUAAAUGUGCAGAAUCUCCAGGGAUCAGAUCCUUCGAAUGGCUGUGCCUUGCCCAGCGAGCAGAAGAUAAGUCUUGCACCAUUGGAUCCACUGUGGAAAGCAGUUCAAGAGAUACAAGAUAGAGGAUAUAGCGACGUUUGUGGAUUCCGAUUCCGGGACCAUCUCCUAGCACCAAUUGCCCCCCUGAACGCAGCAGUUCCUUUGUACGUUUCAGAUGGACCAUCAAUAUAUACCGUUAAGCAGGGAUUACGGAUCAACCAGAACCAACCACUUGAGCAGUUCUACGAGACGCUCGCCCGAUCGGGGAAGCCAAAACGGAGACCACGAAUUACAGCUUGCAACGGAAGGAUCAGGGUGGAAGACGAGGAGAUGUCUCAGCCCAUGGAGGUAUCGUUGAAUCGAACUCUUCGAGUCCCCGAAGAUGGCACCACUUACAAUCUUCCAAUGUGGGUGGGAGAGUUUCCCAUCGUUGAAACCUCCGCUCUGAGAGACAAGCUACCCAGCACGAUGGCUGAAAGGGGUGGGCUGGUCGUCCCUAUGUACCAGCGGGAGGCCCUCUCUAUCGGGUUUCACGGGUCACAUAACGCCUCCCACGCAGUCAAGAUCCUCUCUGGCGGCGCCAAUGCCAUUUCUGGGUCUCAAGAAGGAAAGGGCACUGUUUCGUCUAUCCAGGACUACACCGUGGCUCCUGCCCAGCACCGCAUCGAUGGCUUCUUUCCACAAGCAGGGAUCAGUAUCGUGGGGCAGUUUGUCUCCAUGCCACUUGGUGGUGGGUACUCCGUCGAGGAACAACUGACUGGAAAAGCGAAUAUCGGAGGUAUACAGAUGAUCGUCGCGCCAAGGUUCACUCAACGAGGGAUUUUCCAGGAAGGCUCAGGAAGGCGUAACAUUCCAGCAGCAGAACAAUCAAAGUCACCAUUCGAACUGGGGCUAAGCAACUCUAGCUGUUUGCUGAUUUCAGGGGACAAAAUUACGGAACAUCAUCGUCAGUCGAAGCAUGAGCAGAACAUCCUGUGUGUUGAUGAGAGUUUCGGCCUCAGAUUUGUCGUACAGUCCUACCCCCCAAGGCAGGAAAUAGUUCGGCGACAUCCAGAUACUGAGCGAGCCGUCUUGCUUCAUGAAACUAUGGCCCCCUUUCUUACAGAGCUCAAACAUUUGGAAUCAGUUCCACUGGAGCCAAUCCUCAAGUACACCAUUACAAUCACCACUGUUCACACUUCGGUAUUUCGACCGGCUCAGGGUUAUCAAGAUAUCGGCACUCAUCCAACUUCAUUCGGCUUUAGGCCCGAUUCUCGGCAUGACGCAACCCCGAAAGCACUGACCUGGCGUGUUUCCCCAUUUAUGAGCAAUGUCCAUUUGUUCCGUCUAGUUGCCCAAGAGCUCAAGUACUUAGAAAUCGCCUUGUUCUACAACAACGAGCAGCUUCAGGGGCUCGGCAAGGGACGCGAUGUCCCGCAUGCUUAUCUCUACAACUUCUUGCAUGACGGGGCUUCCGUCGCCUGCCAGGGAUAUGAAUAUAUUCCUGGCCACUCCGCAGUUCCGCUGUCUGCUAGCUCUCGUACCCGCGCGGAAUCGAAAGGCUGGGAACUUGGGCUAGCCACCGGAGGCACUAUUUUCCAGGAUAUUUACGUUGAUGAGCACCCAGAGGCGUGGAACUGGACCGCUGCUAGCUUCUUCAACAUCCAGAUCCUGAACUCCGUGGCAUGGAAGGCCGUUACUGGUCAGCAAACUCCUGGGGUUCCACCGACCUUCAAAGACUACCUGAACGCGCGGAUACCGUUUUAUCACCUAUAUCACGUAGUCGAGAAUCAACGAGGAGUUAGCAACAGAGUCCUGCCAAACGUUCGGAGUGUAAGCGAGAUUGACAGAGAGAUUACCAUCGGCCCGCAGCAGAACCUCAGUGGCGGAUCGCCUGUAAUUUGCAUAUUCUGCGAGAAGAACCUGGCAGAUACCAUAAUGCGCCCGUGCAAUCACAUCUUUUGCAAGCCAUGUAUCGAUGAACACAUGACGACAAGAGCUACUUCAUUUUGCAGUGCCUGCUUGCGGCCAGUGCAACGCCUUAUCUCUUUUUCUGCUUCUAUGGAGGCGCCAUUCAACGCUUCAGACGCCACCGAGCCGGACACAUACCUUCAUACCAAUAUGAAGCAACCGGAGACCCAGUCUAACAGGUCCUCGGACAAUGACAGCGAAUACUUCACCGCCGAGGACUCCAGUGAGGAAGAUAGCGACCCAUUGUCAGAGCACACGAUCCGAUUAAAGUCGUACUGGUCCAAGUAUAGCCUGAACCUCCCGAGAUGUUAUGAUAGGAUUCAGCAGUGGUGGCAAGGGUCGUUUGUUCCGUGCAACCUGGAGCCCAAAGUACUGCAAAACAUUUCAGCGCUGGUAUUUUUAACUUUGUCCCACCUUACUAAAUCAGGAGGGGUCAAGCUGUCAGAUGGUCGGUUUAGUGUCUGUUGCUGGACCGAUUGGCUUUCGUACCGGAUAGAAAUGAUGGAAAUCCUCCUCCCAGAACUCGACUUCGACAAUGUCACCGAUGACCACCUCGGUGACUUCCUUAGAUGUAGCCCCGGGGUUGAUCGGGAAGCAAAUGAAGAGGGGCCUGGAUGGUCUUGGAAUCAUGAGGAAACACGAUAUCAACUUGCCCAAGAUGGCGACGAGGGAGGAGGGCACGGGGUGAAAGGAAAUAGCUAUGACUCAAUUCACCGCAGACUGGGGAUCCUCCUCCUCCGUGCCGCUACGGAGCUCAAUUCCAGAGGCCAAAGCUCGCCCGAGCCACGGGAUUGGGUUCACCGGAUGACCAAUAUCUACAACGAUGUAAUCCGCCUAGCAAAAGGGCCACUGGCCCCGUACGCGGUGAAGUUGAUCCUUCAGUUCGCUAUUGAACAUGAAAAGUUCUUCAUACUCGACAUGGUGAUACAAUCCUACGAGACUCCAAGCCUAUUAACGGCGAUCAUCUCGGGGGCUAUUGGGGACAACGGACGAAAGUCUCAUUUACGCGCAUACCUUGUUCGACGAUAUAGGUUUCAGUUACCCGAGCUGAACCCGCAGAAAGGAAAACCAGUGCCCUGGGCUGUCACAAGGCAGUUGUAUGAAUCGCUGGAUGUACAAUACAUGCCAGUGGAUAUGACAACUAAUGUGGCGUGGGAUGAGAGCCAAUGUCCGAUGUUGGAGGAAAAGCAGCGACAGUGGCAGAAAUUAAGCAAGCAAUGGGAAGCGACAUUUCCGGGUCAUGCAUCUAGACAGCAUCUGGUGCAAUUUAUGUGA